AUGGGAUAAAGUUGUUGUAACAAACAAACAAUAGAAUAAAGUAAUGAGCACAUGACAGAAUUGUGUUAAAAUAUGGAUGGAGUCAAAUUUUGUGAAAACCUUGAUGAUAUUUUUAACUCAAAGGAAUGUAACUCUAAUCAAGCAAGAGUUCUAAGCUCUUAAAUAAUAUUUACAUUUUAAUAAUAGUUGCCUCUUACAUUAUCAUAGGAAUGUAGUUAUUAUGAAAAAAUGAACAGCAUUUAAAAAUACAACUUUGACGAAGAAAGCCCAACAUUUAAGGCUUAAAAAAACGUACUAUCAGAAAAUGAUAUAUAUCGAGAUUGA